AAAAAAAAAAGCUUCUUUCUUGAUGUGGCACAUGCUAACGAGGCUAAUACAGAGGUGAGUGGCGUCCGCACUAUGCUCUCUAUUCACAGCUGAUGAUGUUGACAUUGUUGACUGUUUUGAUCCAAAAAGCUGCGCAGCUCCGAUGGAGGCCGGUUGCAAAGCAGUGGUGCAUGUGUUGUUGUUGGCCUUGCUGGCGCAGGCGGCCUUGGCUCAACACUGGUCAUACGGAUGGCUGCCAGGUGGGAAAAGAAGUGUGGGAGAGCUGGAGGCCACCAUCAGGAUGAUGGGUACAGGGGGUGUGGUGCCUCUUCCCGAAGAGGCGAGUGCCCAAACCCAUGAGAGACUUCGACCAUACAAUGUAAUGGAUGAUGAUUCCGAUCAUUUUGAGCGAAAGAAAAGGUUCUCUUAUAAAUGAAAAAAGGGGGGGGGGGGGAGACAAUUUACAUGAUUAUCUACACCAGUGACGGAUCACCCCCGAGGCCAACGCAUUUAUUGCACCCGUGUCAUUGAUAGGCAUGUCUGUUGCAUUCAAAUCCAUGUGAAAUUGUAAUAAACUCCU